AUGCUCUUGUGGUACAUGCUGCAGGUGGCCGCUAGCUUUGCCGAGCUGUGUUGCCACCAUGUUAUCCUCAAUCAGGAUUCUGGCGGCCUGGAGAUCAUCAAUAGCAAAUCGAAACAGUACAGCCCCAAGAAGUUGAGCGCAGGCGAGGGCAGCAUCUUCCUGAUCCUGUGCCAAGUGGCGUGUGCGCCCAUGAACGCCUUGGUGAUCAUCGACGAGCCGGAGCUGCAUCUCGAGCAGGCCAAGUCUGUGCAUCUGUGCACCGUGCUCGAGCGAAUGCGGCCCGACGUGUUCUUUGUCUACCUCACCCACCAGCUGGCCAUUGCCUCGCGUCCAGGAAGAAAAGAAUGGGAGAUGAUUCCGCCCGACCUGCCCGACCUGGCGGUCAAGCUGCUGAGCAAGCCCGAGAUGAACGUGCUCUACAUCGAAGGCACCAAUCACGGGAAGGACAACUCCUUGCGGGAUGUCCAGGUCUACGGCCCGCUGUUCCGCAACGGCUUCAAUCUUCGCUCGCUCGGAGGGUGCUCCGCCGUGAUCGCAAAAACCAAGGAGACGCGCACACAGCAGUGGGCAACCAAGGUCUCGGUGAGUGGUCUCCUCGAUCGCGACAACCACAGCGCCGAGUACAUCAAGAAGAUGGAGCGGCUUGGAAUCUACCACCUGGGAGUGUGCGAGAUCGAGAAUCUGCUGUGGGCGCCCGAAGUUCUGCGUCUUGUGUGCCUGAGCGUCGGGCUUUUCGCAGCAACAGAAACAUCCCCCUCGAUCGAUCGGUCAUCGUCGUCAUCGUCGUCAUCAUCUUCAUCGGCGUCAGCACCGGCACUGGAGCUGGCACCGGCAGCUUCCUCUUCCGCUUCAGCCUCACCGCCCUCUUCAGCUGCACCCGGCACAAGCGAUCCCAUGCCAGCGGCGGUGCACGAGUUCUACCAACAGUUGUUCGAUUUGCUGCGAGAGGGAAAGAAGGACACAUCGAAGAGCAGGAGUCCCUACAAGGCAAUCGUCGCCGGGAUCGUCGAGCAUUGGAAGCGCUACCUCCGCCAGGGCACCGACCGAGACUGCUUCGACUACUUCAGCCAAUCGUUGCCCGGUGGCGCGAUUCGAGAAGAUGAGAAUAUCCAGCGCCAGCCGCUCGCCAAGGUCAUCAACGACAAGCUCUGGAACCUCAGCCACGAACUCGAGACGCUGGAGGGAGACCAAGCUCUGGAGAAGGCCGAGGAGGCCCUACAGACGCUCGAGAAGCUGGCGGCACAAGACGAGGGUCAGGCGAAGGCCAAGCUGACCGAGUGGGCCACGGCGCUGGUGGACGACAUCAUCGAGCAGAGAGACGUGGAGCGCGCACUCGAGCAUCUCAGCCACAAGGCACUGGUGGAGGAGGUCAACCGGUUUAUUCGGAAGAAGGCAGGCCUCGGCCUCGAGUUCGAUGUUCGUAAGACGGUGGUCCGCAUGCUCGAGACAAGUGCAGAGAUGCGUCAUGCGAUUUUGCUGCGGGUUCCGGUCGAGUUGCGCGACCACAAGCAAAGAGGGCUCGUGACCAGCGAACAAUCGAGUGUGCAGAAGCUGGCGCGAUUCCUCGGAGAGACUACGGUGGCCCUUCCGAUCAGCGACGACCAGUCAGGCCUCACCGUGACACUGAAGCUCGAGCUUCCCGCACCCGCAACUGCAGAACUAGUGCUUCAGGCGCUUGGAGUGUGGGAUAAAGAGCGGAAAGUUAACGAUGAACGACAGCUCCUCUUCUACGAGCGGGUGGCCAGCUGA